UGCAGUUUUUGGGUCAAAGAAAGGAAUUCCUGUUCAUACAGCUAACCGACUCCAACGAUGGGCAACCACACUUCUGGGUUACGACUUCAAGAUCAAGUAUCAGUCUACUACCGCUUUCGGGCAAGCUGACGCAUUGUCGAGAUUAAUAGGCUCCCAAUCGAAAACCCCGGAGGAGACUCUUGUAGCAAAUAUAAAAGCCGAGGAAGAAGUUCAUCGCGUGUUGGAUGACGCAGUUAAUGGACUCCCAGUAACCUUUGAAACUAUCAAGAAGAUAACUGAAAGUGAUAAGAUACUGAGCUCAGUUAAAAGCUAUCUCUUGACAAAAUGGCCAAACAAUCGCCUCGACGGAGAACUCGUGCAAUAUUUUCGUCGACGGGACUCUCUAAUGGUUGUUGACUCCUGUAUUAUGUUCGGUGAUCGCAUUGUUGUUCCGAAGUUACUACGUCACAAGGUCCUCAAGCAGUUUCACAGUGGCCAUCCUGGAAUCAGUAAAAUGAAAUCUUUGGCUCGUAGCUAUGCUUAUUGGCCGUCAAUGGACACAGAUAUCGAGAAUAAAUGCCGUAACUGUUCAUCAUGUAUCCAAGCCGCUAAAAGUCCUUCGAAAUGCGAGCCUCAGUGUUGGCCUAUGCCCGCGGGACCCUGGGUAAGACUUCACGCAGAUUUUGCCGGUCCAAUCCAAGGGAAAAUGUUUCUAAUUAUCGUAGAUGCAUUCACUAAAUGGCCGGAAGUAUACGUCAUGCCAAAUUGUACAACGUCAGAAACGAUCCGCAAGUUGUCUACCCUAUUUAGCAGUUUCGGAGUGCCAGAGACCUUAGUGACGGAUAACGGCUCUCAGUUUGCCGCAGAAUCGUUUAAACAUUUCUGUAGAACAAACGGAACAAAUCAUCUUCGUUCUCCACCCUAUCAUCCACAAUCAAACGGACAAGCAGAGCGCUUUGUGGACACUUUUAAACGAGCAUUACUGAAAGGGGGAGGAGAAGGGACGACUGAGCAGGUGAUCACAAAAUUUCUGACAUCAUACAGAUCCACCCCAAACCCAAAUGUUCAAGACGGCAAAUCUCCCGCGGAAGCCAUGUUUGGAAGGCGUAUUCGAACAGUCUUCGAUGCCAUGUUGCCAUCCAAACCAGUGGAUGAGCGUAGUCGCGACCCAAGUAUCCGGAACUUCAGUAUUGGCGACAAGGUCUACAUUAAAUCCUACAUCGGGAAGAACCGAUGGGAGCCGGGCGAAGUGGUGCAAAAACUGGGAAGAGUACUGUACAAAGUUCGAGGAGCUUUUGGGACAUGUAUACGUCAUACAAAUCAAAUCCUUAGGGACAAAAGGACAGUGCAGACUCGAAGUAACCGGCCGACUUUCCCGUUAGAAUUAAUCUUAGACGCACCAAUGCCACAAACGCCCAGGAACACUGAAAAGAAGUCUUGGACAAGAAAGACGACAAGAAUAAUGGGACGCCGUCGCAAUCCAGUUAUAAAACUACAAGUGGAUCCCAGAAAGAAAUCUUAUUCGGGGGAGGUGUUGGGUCGGCUUCCGGAGAACUUCAACGGAGUCUCCAGAGGCCCACAAGGAGCCGAAGAGUCCUGGCCAAUCAGAGUGUGAUGGAACGUUCUAGAAUUCCAACGUGGCGUGCUACUAUUGGUCGGUAGCAUAAUGUGUUGUUAUCGGAUUGGCUGUAAAAUGAUGUUGAUUUAACAGACGCCAAAAUCUAUAAAUACCCAUGAUUUUCUGUACAAAGAUGAACCUUGGAAUAAAGUGCUUUCUCUCAUUCUUGUGUCUUCUCUCUGGAGUUCAAGUCGCUGUGUAGUUCUAGACUGCGGUUUAUCGGAAUAGCUUAGGAAUCGUAUAUAGCGUUCAACCUACACGACUUAUCAGUGUGUGUGUGUGGAGAUUGAUCAUCAAACGAGAGUCCAAAAAAAUAUUGAAUGAACAUUACAAAUCCUCCACGAAAACUAACGGGCAUAAAUAGGUAAGCAGGUAAGCAAGUAAGUAAGUAAGUAAGUAAGUAAAUUUCAUCUCGACUAUGUGAUCCUUGAUUAAAUGGUCUGAUAAUAUACGUUCCAAUCAUAUUCGGUUUGAAGCUGGUAUUCUUUUGUGAAUCAACCAAUGAAAAUAAAAGAAAAAUAUAUUUAAACAAAGACAUUAAUAAUGAUUGAAUUAAAAGAAACAUAUUCAAUGUUGAAUAGGUUGCAAUGUUAAUGAAUUCCGUUUGAGAGAAAACUUUUCGAUCAAAAUGAAUUGAAUCGAUAUUACUUAUAUUAAUCAUUAUGAAUAGAAGAAAUGAGAUGAAAAUAAUUGUGAAAUAAAUAAGUAACAAGUAAAUAGUAUUGAACUGGAAUCGAACUACAUCAUGAGACAAGCGAUAACAUGGAAUCGUGAAGGGAAACAUGCAAGAAGAAGAAGAAGAAGAAGAAGAAGACGGUCGAAGAAUACACUAUGUCGGAACUUGGAAACAGACAUGAAAAGAAAAGAAUAACAAUUGAAAAGAACUGGAAAGGAUUCAUCAAGACAAGGUUGGAUUGAGAAUGUUGCUGGGUGACUUAUACUCUUCCAUAAGGGGUAACGGACAUAAAUAAGUUAAUAAGUUUUGGUUCAAUGAAAUAAAUCUUUUCUUCUAUUUUUCUUCUUGUGAAAGUGAUUGGAAAUACUUUUGAAUGGUACUUUAAUGUGUCGAUUCGUUGAUUGAUUGAUGUGCGUGUGUGUGUUUAACAUUUCAUUAUGAUUUUUAUCAGGAUAUACUUGUGAAUGAGAAUUCAUCGAUUGUCUAUUAACCAGUUUACAAUGUUUAUGCCAAAUACUUAAAAGAUC